CUCUGUCACUUUGACGUUCCAGGUUUACGCUCACUCAGAGCCAAGAUGGCGGUGGCGGUGCGGAGCUUGCAAGACCAGCUCGAAAAAGCCAAAGAGAGCCUAAAGCAUGUGGACGAUAAUAUCCGCAAACUAACUGGACGAGACCCCAAUGAGUCGAGACCGGGCCAACUGCGCCGGCUCAGCGGCCCCAUGGCAGGCCCCGGAGGAGGUAGAGGCAGAGGGAUCAACCUGCUCAGGCGUGGUCUCUCAGACAUGGGAAGCGGCGGCCCCCCUGCUAAGCAGAGGGACAUCGAAGGCGCCCUGCUAAGGCUGGCUGGGGACCAGAGGGCCAGGAGAGACUCGCGUCACGACAGCGACGCCGAGGAUGAUGACGAUGUCAAAAAGCCGGCGUUGCAGUCGUCUGUAGUAGCUACCUCCAAGGAGCGAACACGCCGAGACCUCAUUCAAGACCAGACCAUGGAUGAGAAGGGCAAACAGAGGAAUCGGCGUAUGUUUGGCCUGCUGAUGGGGACCCUGCAGAAAUUCAAACAGGAGUCCAAUGUUUCUUCAGAGAGUCAAAAGCGACGUUGUGAGAUCGAGCAGAAGCUGGAGUCUCAGGCUGAGGCAGAGAGAAAGAAGGUGGAGAGCGAGAGAAGAGAGCUGUUUGAAGAGAGGAGGGCUAAACAGACUGAGCUGAGACUACUGGAACAGAAAGUAGAGCUAGCUCAGCUGCAAGAGGAGUGGACGAGCCACAAUAAUCGUCUGGUGAAAUACAUCCGCACUAAGACCAAGCCUCAUAUCUUCUACCUACCUGGGAAGAUGUGCUCUGCCACACAGAAACUCCUUGAUGACUCCACAAAGAAACUAAAUGCUGUGUUUGAGGAGAGGUGUGAGGCGUUUGCCGAGCACCUCAGCAAGAUGGAGUCCCGACCCCGGCGACAGCCAAAUCGCGACCCAGAUGCCAUGGCAAUGAAGACGGACCAGUCGGCGGAGGGUAAGCCAGCAGGCCAGGUAGUAGUCAAGGUGACAGGUAAUCGGGGUGAUGCAGAGAUAGAGGAAGACGAGGAGGAGGAAGACGAGGAGGAGGAGAGGGAAAGGGUGGGGGAGAAAAAGAAGGAUGAGGGAGAGGAGAGGGAGGAAGAAGGGGAGAAGGAGCGGGUGAAGAAGGCAGGGGAGGAAGAGGAGGAGGCAAUGGAGGUUAGUGAGGAGGGCGGUGAGGAUAGGAAGGAGGGAGAGGAGGAGGUUAAGGGCAGAGAUGAAGGGGUGGAGAAGGGGGAAAAGCAGGUGAGUCCAGGAUCAGGGGACGUGGAGAUGGAGGGAGGGCUAGAGCAGGAGGAGAAGGUUGAAGGAGAGACGGAGAGAGUCGAAGAAUCCACAGACCUCCAAAAGGAAAAGACCCAGUCCUCUGAGCCAGCUGUGCCCAGCCACAAUGCACCCAACGCCAGCCACCAGCCCCAGACCAGCCCCCUCCUGGGCAAACCAGAGGUGGAGUCCUCUGAGACCCAGGAGGCCUCUCCAACCCCACAGUUACAAACCCCCCUGACCCUGCCCGGGCUGGAGCAGAGCGCUCCUGGCCCUGAGCUGCCCUACGAUGCAGAGGUGGAGAAGCAGGGGGACCAAGGCAAAGCAGGGGGCCCAGCACCCCAAAAGCUUCAACCAGAACCCCAAGAAACGCCCAGCACUGUCCCCACUCCAAAAGAAGGGGAGGAGGGGAAUGUGGGGAGAGGGAGGAAGAAGGAUAAAGAGCAGAGGAAAGGCCGCAGUCGUAGCAACAGCUCCUCCUCUUCCUCCUCUGGCUCCUCUUCCAGUGGAAGCUCCUCCUCAUCAUCUGGAUCAAGCCGCUCCUCUUCUUCGUCAUCCUCCUCCUCGUCGUCCUCGUCCAACAGCAGCAGCCGGAGUCGCAGCCGGGACAACGGCAAGCGCAGGAGGCGGCCAUCGGACAGGAACAGCGAGAGGAAAAAAGGAGGCGAGAGGAGUCACCGUAAGAGAGGAGGGAGCAGCGGCGGAGGAAGGGACUCCAAGGGCUCCAAAGAGAAGAGGAAGCGGAGGAGCGAGGAAGGAAGGGGGAGGUCAUCUCGGAGCGAUAGGGAGCAUAAGGAUAGAGACAGGAAGGACAAGAGACGCUAAUUUGGUUCCCAGUGUGCGUCCCUGUAGCUGAGCUGAGAACCACAGAAAAAUAAACCUCCACUUCUUUACUUAACGACACAUGAGAUAACAAAUCUUUUUAAACUAGCCCUUCCCCUUAAAAUAUGUUUUCCAUGCCAAGGCUCAUUCAGUUGUUUUAACAUAGGAAAAUGUUUUCUCAUGUGGAAAUCUAUAUGAAGAUGUUUAAAAAGUACACUAGACAGAUGGAUUUGUUUUUUUUAAAAAAACAAAACAAAACAUGGGAAUCUAAGGUUGUCUUUAACUCGACCUAGAUUUAGACAGGAGGUUUGAAACAAAGAAGUGGACUUUUUUUUUU